AUGUCUACUCACCAUACUCACUUUGUUCCCGAUAUGACGGCCGUUAAUAACCAAACAAAUUACGGAAGUUAUACGUACGGUAUUCCAUUAGAUCAAAUGUAUGUUGUGGACUCUAAUUAUACAAACAGUCUUCCGUUGGAUGACGUGCAUAGUAUGGACUCGAAUUAUGCAAACAGUCUUCCGUUGGUUGGUAGCGAGUUCAGUAACGACUAUUCCCAUCCGCUCUUUCAAGCGUCUACCCAGCCUACCAAUCGAGCUGCUUUUCUUUGGGAUGCCAAUAAUAACAUCUACACGAGGGGAAAUGAACAGUUGAAUGCCUCGCCUUACGGAUACGUCGAAAACAAUGAAAACCAAGUCAACAAUUUAUAUUAUCCUCUCCCCGAUUCAUUAGUUCAAGCAUCGUCUAAUUCUACUCUUUCCAACAAUUCUGGGUGGAAAAAUUACGAUUGUCCUUCGUUUUUUAUAAUCGGAUUUCUUGGUAUUGGUAAAUUUGGAUAA